GACGACGCGACGAACGGCGCGAUGCGACGACACGCGACGCGCGCGAUGCGAGCGCUCACGCGGAUGGAAACGGUGACGACGGCGAACGGACUCGAGGGCGCGGAACGCGCGAUCGGGCGAAGGACGACGGCGCGGACGAUCGGGCGAGGCGCGACGCGCGGGUACGCGAAGGAUUUGCGAUUCGGCGUGGAGGCGAGGGCGUUGAUGCUGCAGGGGUGCGAUAAACUCGCGGACGCGGUGCAGGUGACGCUUGGACCGAAAGGGAGGAACGUGGUGAUCGAACAGCAGUACGGACCGCCGAAAAUCACGAAGGACGGGGUGACGGUGGCGAAGAAUAUUGAAUUCAAGGAUCGAAUGAUGAACCUGGGGGCGAACCUGGUGAAACAGGUGAGCGUGAGCACGAAUGACGUCGCGGGGGACGGGACGACGACGGCGACGGUGUUGGCGAGAGCCAUCUUUAGCGAAGGAUGCAAGAGCGUGGCGGCGGGGAUGAAUCCCAUGGAUCUCAGACGAGGCAUCAACGCCGCGGUGGAGCACGUGGUGGCCGAGUUGAAGAAGAACCGAAAGAUGAUUUCGACGACGGAAGAAAUCGCGCAAGUCGGCACGAUUUCUGCCAACGGUGAACGAGAAAUCGGUGAUUUGAUCGCGCGCGCGAUGGAAAAAGUGGGCAAGGAAGGCGUGAUUACGGUGGCGGAUGGUAAGACGCUCGAAAACGAAUUAGAAGUCGUCGAAGGGAUGAAGUUUGACCGCGGUUACAUUUCACCGUACUUUGUGACCAACCCGAAGACGCAAAAGUGCGAGCUCGAAAACGCGUACAUUCUCAUCGUCGAGAAGAAGAUCUCGGGUCUCACCCCGCUCUUGCCCGUGCUCGAGAGUGUGUUAAAGACGCAACGUCCUCUGCUAAUCAUCGCUGAAGACGUCGAAUCCGAGGCGUUGGCGACUUUGAUCGUGAACAAGCUUCGCGGUGGCGUGAAGAUUUGCGCCGUGAAGGCACCCGGCUUCGGUGACAAUCGCCGAUCGAACUUGCAAGACAUCGCCAUCUUGACUGGUGGCACCGUCGUCAGUGAAGAUCUCGGCCAUAAGCUCGAAAAUGUCGAACUCGACAUGUUGGGCUCCGCCAAGAAGGUGACGGUGAGCAAGGACGACACCAUCAUGUUGGACGGCGCCGGGGAAUCGAGCGCCAUCGAAGAGCGAUGCGAACAGCUCAAGGAAGCCAUGGCCGAGACAACGAGCGAUUACGAUCGCGAAAAGAUGCAAGAACGACUCGCUAAACUGAGUGGUGGUGUCGCCGUGCUCAAGGUUGGUGGUGCUUCCGAGGUUGAGGUGGGCGAAAAGAAGGAUCGCGUCGUCGACGCGCUCAACGCCACCAAGGCUGCCGUCGACGAGGGCAUCGUUCCGGGUGGGGGGUCCGCGCUCUUGCACGCGAGCAAAACUUUACAAGCGCUCGAAGAUUCGUUGGAGGUUUUCGAUCAAAAAAUUGGCGUCCAAAUCAUUCGCGAAGCAAUCAAGCGCCCUCUUCGUACCAUCGCUCAAAACGCCGGCGUCGAAGGCUCCGUAGUCGUCGAAAAGGUCUUGGCGCAGACGGACAUUGGCGUGGGUUACAAUGCGGCGACGGACGAAUACACUGACAUGGUUAAGGCCGGCGUGCUUGAUCCGCUUAAGGUUGUCCGCACGGCGCUCACCGACGCGGCGUCGGUGGCGUCGCUCAUGAUGACGUCCGAGUGCAUGAUCACCGACAUCAAGGAAGACAAACCAGCCUUUUUGCCCGGCGAUUCCGGCAUGGGCGGCAUGGGCGGCAUGGGCGGUAUGGGCUUCUAAUCAUACUUGACUAACGCUGCUUUUG